GAAGGCCUUUCCCGGCGACGGACUGGGGCCGGGGCCGGCGGGCGGCGAACAGGGCGGUGCGAGGCCUGCGGGCCCGAUGCUGCGGUGGCUGAUCGGCGGCGGCCGCGAGCCGCAGGGCCUGGGCGAGAAAUCAUCUGUGCAGACAAUUGGUGAAGAACAAAUACAGAAUCCUUACACAGAGCUUCUUGUGUUGAAAGGUCAUCACGAUAUAGUACGAUUUCUAGUGCAAAUAGAUGAUUUCAGGUUUGCAUCUGCAGGAGAUGAUGGAAUCAUAUUGCUGUGGAAUGCUCAGACUGGAGAAAAACUUUUUGAACUUCAUGGACACACACACAAAAUUACAGCUGUGGCACCGUUUUCUUCGUCAGGUGCUUCUGAAAAAAAAAAACAUUUGAUUUUAUCAGCAUCAGCUGAUAGGACAGUUAUUGUUUGGGACUGCAGUACUGGCAGACAGGUUCAGAAAGUGUCUUGUUUUCAUUCUACUGUAAAGUGUUUGACAGUUCUUCAAAGACUGGAUGUAUGGUUGUCUGGAGGGAGUGAUCUAUGUGUUUGGAACCGAAAAUUAGAUCUCUUGUGUAAGACCAGUCAUCUUCCUGAUGCAGGUAUCAGUGCUUUGGUUGAAUUGCCUAAAAAUUGUGUUGCAGCAGCUGUUGGCAAAGAGCUGAUAAUUUUUAGAUUGAUUGCUUCUAACGAUGGAUCCAAAGGUUGGAACGUCCUUGAAGUAAAACGCCUUGUUGACCAUCAAGAUAACAUUUUGUCAUUAGUCAGCAUCAAUGACUUGACUUUUGUGACAGGUUCUUAUGCGGGUGAAUUAAUAGUUUGGGAUGCACUUGACUGGACAAAGCAGGCAUCUGAGUGCAACUUCUGGGACUCCUCUGUCCAUCCAGAUGCACAGCCAGAAAUUAAGUUAACCCAAAGCCCAAAUGAAACUUCAGUUCAACACUUAACAUCUGAUGAGGAGUGUGUGUUUGCUGCUGUUGGGAAAGGCAUAUACGUAUAUAAUCUUCAAAUGAAGCGUGUGAUUGCCUGCCAGAGAACUGCUCAUGACUCCUCUGUACUGCACAUUGAGCAGCUUCCAAACAGGCAGCUGAUCUCCUGUUCAGAAGAUGGCAGUGUGCGCAUUUGGGAGCUCCGAGAAAAGCAGCAGCUGCCAGCUGAACCAGUCUCAACAGGGUUUUUCAAUAUGUGGGGAUUUGGAAGGGCAAACAAGCAGGCAAACCAAGCUGCUAAGAAGACGCAGGAGAAUACACCUAUGUAUUUCUUGGAGCUGGUUGGCGAUUUGAUAGGUCACUCAUCAGCUGUGCAGAUGUUCCUGUACUUUGGUGAACUGGGACUAGCUACAUGCUCUGCUGACCACCUUAUUAUUUUGUGGAAGGAUGGUGAACGAGAAUCUAGACUCCGCAGUUUGACACUGUUUCAAAAAUUGGCGCAAAAUAGUGAUUUGCAGCUCAAAUUUUAAAUUGCUUGAAUACAGGCUACAUACAUAUAAACUGGAUGUCUGUUAAAUGUGAGGGUAAAUGAAAGUCUCAGGUGCUGGGAAUAUGACUACCAGUAAGGCUUACAUUUAAUGUCAUGUGUUACACUGGAAUUUUUAUUAGGUGCUAUUGCUGUUCUAAAAGGUGAAUUUUGCAUGUUGAAACUUACGUGGCUUACUCAGCAGAAAUGGUGUUCUCUUGAAAGACUAAAGGUAAUGAUGACUUAUUAAAUAGUUUCUAAUAUUAUUCACAAUGUUUAAAAAUAUAGGUGGAUGUCAAAAUUAAGAUCCAUGAAAUUCCUUAGAUGCAUCAUAACUAAAGCAGUUGGGAGUAUUCCAUAGUGUUAUGUGCAGAAGGGAUGCAUAAAAACAAUCUGAGGCUUCCUCCUUUAUAUAACUUAUUUUUUGAAAUUAAACUUUAGUUACUGAUGGCUCAGAUUUAUAUAUCUACAAAAAAAACCCUAAAGAAACCAGUUCUCAAAUAGAAUUUUGCAUUUGAAGUUACUGCACUAAGUAAAAGCAAAAAAGAAAUGUAGGCAAUACCAGUUUGUCAGGUUUUAAUUUAGGCAAAGCAAGGUAUGUAGAUAUCCCUCACUUGUGGCAAGUGCAUUUUUACUGUGCGUUAACCUACAGUACUGGAGUUUAUACAACACAAUUACCAUGUCUAGCAUGAAGUGUGAUUGGUUUAGCUUAGUCUUUCCUUAGUGUGUUCAUUGAAUGAAUUUGAAUCUAAUAAAAAGCACUGGGCUUGCCAUGGAUUACUUUAGCAUGUACAAUACUUCCUUGUGCAGCAGCAUUUGAUGUGUUCAAUACUAGAAAAACACUUCUGCUAGAUGAAUACUAAGUUUCCAGCUGAAGAUUGACUGCAGAGAAAUUUGCACCAGGUUUGUAAAGUUAAUACUAUUUUAGUGUUUAAAAAUAAAAAGCCCUCAUGUACACAAUGCCUUUUUCAAGUAUGAGAUAGCAGCAGUAAUCUGCAAGCUAAAGAGAAGUGGGAGGAGACCCCAAACUAAGACAAAAAACCCAAACCAAAAAAAUGAAGCCCCAAAAGCAAAAAAAGCCAA